AGAUCCCCGACUUACCUCUUUGACUGGUUGGGUAGCUGGUUGGAGACGUGUAAAGGGCAUUCAAACGACCUGAAGCUCACGAGUUGGAGCAAAGGUCUGGAUCUCUGCUAUACCAACUCCGCCAUCCCUAAAGCGGUGCGUGUACAACUCCUCUCUAAAUCCGGCCUUGUUGGCAAACUUAUGCUGAUCCUCAUCACAAAAUUUCCUAUUAUGGAAUCUCCUAUAUUCUUCUUCUAUGCCCUGUGGACUUCCUUCUUAACUCGAUACCUUUUGCACCUCAUACCCGUCGUGUACUCUCCCUUCGUAUCCUGCUGCUUCCUUUCCUACUAUUCUUCCUUUCUUCCGUUCUUCGCCGUUUACCAUUUGUCUCUUCUGGCAUAUCAAACACCCAAUCGAUCAACGAUGGACCCGAUGGCAUGAUCCUUUGUCCUCCUUCUGCCGGACGUUCAUCUCUACGUAAUGUAAUGCUCAGUCAGCGACUGCCGAUACACGCAAAAAGGCAAGUUUGGAAACGGCUUUUAUACCCCGACGUCAACUAGCAUCUUACCUCUUCACCCAUCUUUGAGUCACCAAAAAAAAGCGGUUCAGCGGACCGUCGUCAGCUCUGUGUGCAUAUACACUCAUACACCUGUAUAACCAAAAGCCAACAGCCAAAGAUUUCCAACAAUCUCGACAGGAUCGGACCUGGAUCUUGGAACACACACAUCAGAACUAGAGGGUGUGACUCCAGUCCAAUCAACCGUCACCUCAAAAUCACGCCAAUACAUAAGUUCAGUGAAGCGUCGGCAACUUCUUAAUACCAUAUCAAUCUCGGAAAACAGUGGCAAAGCAUCGUCGACGAUGAGCGAUACCGAUCGACCUUCUCGCGUUUGGCUCUUCCUUGCCAACUUAUCUCUUUGCCUUUGCUCUGUACGCGAAGACGAUUCUGAGAGACAAGCUCUUUAUCCACCCGAUACCGUUCUUUCAGCGCCUCGACCCCGUCUUCGCCCUCGACUUUCAAAUCUUUCCCCCUACGGGAGCACCACCUCCAGAAGAUGGCCCUCUGCGAGUACCUCGCCAAUCAAAAGUGGGGGUUUGGCAGGCUUCACUGGUAUUGAGAGUAAUGUCGAUGCCGAGACCAGACGAGAAGAAGGAAAGAGAAAAAUGGAUAGUAUCUCGAAAGCCUUUGCUGAACGGAUGACCGCACUCGAUCUACCCCCACACAUUCAUACCCUCAACAUGCCUUUUACACCAUCCCUUCAGCCAUUGACCACAGCCGUCUCCCAUCCCACCUUACCCACUAUCCACACUAUACGCCCCCUAGGAUCACCUAAUCGUCCUUCUGCCCCACACUUGGGCCGAUCCAUUUCUGAGCCUCGAUCCCUCCAUGAUCUCGGCGGAUUCGCAGCACAUCAUGUCCCAUUUGGAUCUUCCGUCGUCGUUCACGGGCGGGGUAUUAGUCCUGGUGUCUCAAGGGGCAGAGGAAGGAUGAGGAGUGCCACUAUUGGGGAAAGAUGGACUGUACCUGGGGAAGGAACCCGUGGCAGGAAGGGUUUGGAAAGGAGGAGUCCGAGUGGGCUAAAUAAGGAGAGUAUUGACUCUGACGAAGUUGAGCAAGAAGCAAAAAUGGAACGAUCUGCAUCGCCUUCUUUGAACCUUUCCUUCGGGCGACCAGUUUUACGUUCAUGCUCCAAUUCCCAAUCACAUUCGUGUACACGGCGUCGUCAAUCCUCUCCACUAGCAGGUCAUCCUGAUCAGCAAGAGCCUCUCUCGAUGGGAAGUUGUUGGAUAGAUCCAGAGUCUCACCUUCAUUCGAGCUCCCGCGCGCACUCCGACGUGCGUGCCCAGGAAGUCAUUCAUAGGGAUCUGGGGCUCAAUGCUCUCUAUUCUGGGAGUGCCGCCAGUCACCCAAAGAGAAUUAAGGGCAAAGGUAAAGGAAAGAAAACUCGGAGGAUGAGGCUAAGCUCUUCAUGAGAGCCCAUGAACUAUACGUCAUGCUGUAUUUUUGGGAUUUUCUGUUAGGUAAUGACUUACGGUUUUCAGACCAUAAUUUUUAACGAAUUUCGACGUUUCUGUUGAUUCAUAGUACCCUGUCAAGCAUUAGACAUUUGCUAGAUGUUUAGUCCGAAAACAUUACUCAUUUGUAUAUACACGUCAGCAUCCGAAUAUGAAAAGCAUUUGCAUGUGUAAC